CAGGGUACUCAGGGAUAGGUUUGACGAAUAUGAAUCUGAAAUGUUUUUGAGAGAGUCGUCUGGUUAUGGCAGCAUAAAAUUUUGUUUUGUGUUUUGAAAUAUUCAAAACCAAACACAGUUAAUUGUUUGUUUGUUUAUAAAAUUUCAAAGAACUUGAGAAAUGGAGCACGAUUCUUCCUUUGCUCUCACCUUAGAUGUUGGUUGUGUAGAGUACGAGUUCAAUACUGAAGAGCAGCGCCUUGAAGGAAUGUGUAGGGUAUGUGCCUCCUCCGACACUGUGCUAAUACCUGUUUUUGAUUCUGCUGGGGAAAGCAAAGGCAUUGUUGAUCUUCUUAAUAACCAUCUACCUAUUUUGGUAACACCUACUGACCUCCUUCCUGUGACAGUAUGCACAGCAUGCCUUGAAACUCUGUCUUCAAUUCAUUCUUUAGUUGAAGUCUGUGUCCAAGCUAAUGAAAAAAUGCAACAAAUGCUUCCAGGCAACAUUGUUGGGAUAUCUCAGCUAAAUAAUUAUGAAAUGUCAGAAGUUCAAGACUGUGAUCCAUCCCUUGGCUUUGAAUCUUCAUUGGAGAAAGAAGCAGACCAAUUUACUGAACAGCCAGCUCAACAACCAGAGACUCUUAGGUUGAUAGAGAGUGAGGCAGCAAAUGAAGAUGCUGAACAGUCAGCCAAUAGUCAACCAAAUAAAGAUCAUAAGUUGUAUCGAUGUCUGCACUGUGAAGUCACUGACAGUGAUGCAUAUUCUCUUUUGCUUCACCAGAUAAAGUCACACCCUGACAAACUAUUAAAAUGUAGCAAUUGUGAUUUUGUAUGUAGUGCUGAUCAAACAAGCAAGUACAAUGAGCAUUUAAAAUUUCAUUCUGAGGCAAAGGAUUCAUUUGGUUUGCUAGAAACCAAAAACAAAGCCCAAAAUGAGGACUACUUUCAGAAAAGGAAUUCUAUUGGAAAAGAUGAACUAAUUAAACUUAAAGAAAACAAUCAACAACCUGAAAAUACGUCCAGCCGGAAAAGAACUUAUGAUAAAAGGAACCUGAACAGUACUAAACAAACAGCCAAAAAAGAGGCUCACUGGCGCUGUGGAUUCUGUGGCAUGAAGGCAAAAUCCAAAGUUGGGUUAAUUGAUCAUUGCAAUCUCAGACAUAAAGAACGUCUUGGAUUGUCAUUUCUAAACUCCGAGGCAUUAGAGUGCACCAGAUGUAAAGAAACUUUUGAAAGUGAAUUAUGGCUGAAAGACCACUUGUGCCACUCAGUUUUUCUCCCCAAGACUAUUCCCACUCCUAAACAAUUGUCAUGUCUUACAUGUCCUCAAGUAUUUACAGAAGUGAAAUUGUUUCGCGAGCACCUUUUGUCUCAUACAAAUUCUGUAAAAUGUCAUGUGUGUGGGGCUCACUUUAGAUCUCAAUCACAUUUACAACCACAUCUAGAUAAACAUAAAAAUAAACAGACUUCUUUCCAAUGCCCACACUGUCCAAGAAACUUCAAAUUAAGGUCUCGGAUGAAAAUUCAUCUACGAACACAUACUGGAGAGAGGCCAUACAUGUGUGUAAAAUGUGGGAAACAAUUUUCUACAGAUAGUGGAUUUAGAUUGCAUAUGGCUGCACAUGAAGGUAUAAAGCCGUAUGUAUGUUCACUUUGCGGCCAGACUUUUAAUAGGCCAUCUAACUUGAGGCGCCAUGAGAGUUUUUGUGGGGACACCAAGCUACAGUGCAAAAUCUGCAAUGAGAAAUUUUCGUCCAGAGAAGAAAUGCAUUGUCAUAGAGCCAUGCAUAGUAAAGAAGAAAAAGAUGCUGAACAAGCUCUCUUUGAUAAUGAAACUACUUCUAAGGUAGAUAGAUUUUCUUGCAAGGUCUGUGGUAUGAAGUUUGAUCGUGUAGUAGAGUUAUCACAACAUAGACAGGAGUCCCACACUGCAGUUGAGGUUGACGAAGCUAAGAAAGCUGGCCAAGUGGAUGGUGGUGCGUUUGUUUGUUCAGAAUGUGGAAAAGAGGUUUACAGUAAGAAGAAUUAUGAGCGCCACAUGCUGUUACACAGUGGCAAUACGCAGUACCAGUGUAAAGAAUGUGCAAACGUUUAUUCAACAAAGUUUGCUCUCGAGUAUCAUAUGUACACCCACACUGGUGAACGACCGUUCAAAUGUGACCUUUGUCCUGAAGGAUUCAAGACUAGAAUUAGUUUAAAAAUUCAUCACAUGAAGCAUACUGGAGAGAAGCCAUACAAAUGCCGCGUUUGUUCCAUGGGAUUCAUUACUGCUGCAAGUCUGCGUCUCCAUCUGGUGACUCAUUCAGAUACGAGAAUGUUUUCUUGUGAUUACUGCCCUGCAACAUUUAAACGGAAAAAAACCCUGGUGACCCAUGUUCGCAUUCAUACAGGAGAGAAACCAUAUGAAUGUAAAUUCUGUGCAAGGCGUUUUACUCAAAAGGGUUCAUGUUCUCAGCAUGAAAAGACUCAUUCAGAACCGAAAAAUAUGAGAAUACCUGAUGGUGUUGCAAAUGACAUGGAAGUCACAGUCAUUAAAAAUUGGAGGAAUGAAGUGAGUGAGACUUUUCCUGAAGAGGAUGCAAACAGAAUCAAUAUUCUAGUUUCUCAAGGUGAUGACAAUGCAUUGCAGUGUGAGGAAGUUCAACAUAUGGUGUUGAUUCAACAAGAUGUGGACUGUGUUAUUGGCGAACCUGACCUAUUGGAAAUAAGUGAAGACAUUGUGCUCCAGAGUAAUAAACACACCAUAGUUAUUGAGCAAGAUGGUAUGUUAGCAGAUGCUCCAAUGACAGGUUUGAAAGAUGCAAAUUCUGAUCCGCAAAUGCCAGUCCUAGACGAAUAAACAUGAUUUUCUCAAA